CUUCUCAGUCAGUGCAAAUUGAGGAGUGUCAAACUGAACAAGUGAAAUAAAUAUUCAAAUAAAUAUUUCAAAAUGUCCAAGUCUAGUUUGAUUGCAGUACUCGCGCUCAUCGCAUCAGCAUCAGCUAAACCAUACAUAUACAACUAUGGACCAUUAUCAUAUACAGCACCUCGAACAGCAUACACAGACUUCUACAACUCGGCCGUGGCUCCAUUGACGGCAUACUCCAGCUACCCAGCAGCAUAUUCAACAGCGUACUCCACUACGUACCCUGCCAGUUAUUCAACAGCUCUUUCUGGGGCGUACUCUGCACCUCUAACCUUACCUAGUUUCUAUGGAUCUUCGUAUGCUGUUGAGGAAUUGGCGUCUCUAGUUAACGCUGGCCCCGUAGCUUCUGUACCUCCAGUAGCAUCCGUCGCAUCUCUAGUCUACGGUUCGCCUUACAGCUACUUGUACAAGCGAUAGAUUCUUUAAAAAUUAUAAUUCGAUUCAUUUAACAAAUUGAUAAACGGUUUAACGUUAACGACUCAUGACUGGCAUGGACUUUUGAUAAAAUAUAGGCUGUUUCUUUAUUGUUUUUUUUUUUGUUAUAUUAAAUGCAAAUGUGACUGUUUAA